AUGGCUGAACCUGAAUUCCCAACUUCCCUGGUCAGGGAACUGGUUAAGGAACUGGUCAGAGAGUUUGUCAGGCUACAGGUCAGGGAACUGGUUCGGGAACUGGUCAGGGAACUGGUCAGAGAGUUGGUCAGGCUACAAGUCAGGGAACUGGUUAAGGAACUGGUCAGGGAACUGGGCUACAAGGAACUAGACGGCCACAAGGAACUAGGUGACCAGGGCUACAAGGAACUAGACGGCCACAAGGAACUAGGUGACCAGUCCCUUGGCCACAAGGAACUAGGUGACCAGGGCCACAAGGAAAUAGGUGACCAGGGCCACAAGGAACUAGACAACCAGGACCUGAAGGAACUAGGUGACCAGGGCCACAAGGAACUAGGUGACCAGAGCCCAGAACUAGGUGACCAGGACCACAAGGAACUAGGUGAACAGGACCACAAGGAACUAGGUGAACAGGGCCACAAGGAACUAGAUGAACAGGGCCACAAGGAACUAGGUGACCAGGACCACAAUGAACUAGGUGACCAGGGCCACAAGGAACUAGAUGAACAGGGCCACAAGGAACUAGGUGACCAGGGCCACAAGGAACUAGGUGACCAGGGCCACAAGGAACUAGGUGACCAGGGCCACAAGGAACUAGGUGACCAGGGCCACAAGGAACUAUGUGACCAGGGCCACAAGGAACUAGGUGACCAGGGCCACAAGGAACUAGGUGACCAGGGCCUUGGCCACAAGGAACUAGGUGACCAGGGCCAAAAGGAACUAGGUGACCAGGGCCAAAAGGAACUAGGUGACCAGGGCUACAAGGAACUAGGUGACCAGGGCAACAAGGAACUAGGUGACCAGGGCCACAAGGAACUAGGUGACCAGGGCCACAAGGAACUAUGUGACCAGGGCCACGAACUAGGUGACCAGUGCCACAAGGAACUAGGUUACCAGGGCCCAGGUCACAAGGAACUAGGUGACCAGGGCCACAAGGAACUAGGUGACCAGGGCCACAAGGAACUAGGUGACCAGGGCCACAAGGAACUAGUUGACCAGGGGCCUGAACUAGGUGACCAGGGCCAAAAGGAACUAGGUGACCAGGGCCAAAAGGAACUAGGUGACCAGGGCUACAAGGAACUAGGUGACCAGGGCAACAAGGAACUAGGUGACCAGGGCCACAAGGAACUAGGUGACCAGGGCCACAAGGAACUAUGUGACCAGGGCCACAAGGAACUAGGUGACCAGGGCCACAAGGAACUAGGUGACCAGGGCCACAAGGAACUAGGUGACCAGGGCCAAAAGGAACUAGGUGACCAGGGCCAAAAGGAACUAGGUGACCAGGGCUACAAGGAACUAGGUGACCAGGGCAACAAGGAACUAGGUGACCAGGGCCACAAGGAACUAGGUGACCAGGGCCACAAGGAACUAUGUGACCAGGGCCACGAACUAGGUGACCAGUGCCACAAGGAACUAGGUGACCAGGGCCCAGGUCACAAGGAACUAGGUGACCAGGGCCACAAGGAACUAGGUGACCAGGGCCACAAGGAACUAGGUGACCAGGGCCACAAGGAACUAGUUGACCAGGGGCCUGAACUAGGUGACCAGGGCCAAAAGGAACUAGGUGACCAGGGCCAAAAGGAACUAGGUGACCAGGGCUACAAGGAACUAGGUGACCAGGGCAACAAGGAACUAGGUGACCAGGGCCACAAGGAACUAGGUGACCAGGGCCACAAGGAACUAUGUGACCAGGGCCACAAGGAACUAGGUGACCAGGGCCACAAGGAACUAGGUGACCAGGGCCUUGUAGGAACUAGGUGA